UUCUUCUUCUCAAACUUUUCUCCUCUCUCUCUCACACAAAUAUGAAGCACCACCACCACCAACAACAACAACUGGCUCUUCCAAGAAGCGGGAGCACCAGAAGAAUCACACCUUCAACCCACAACACCACCACCUUAAAUCGACUCUCCUCUUCUUCUUCCUCUUCUUCAUUUUCAAUAAUCCCCGAAACCGACGAGGUCUCCAACAAACUCCUCGUCACAACAAGCCGCCACUCCUCCCCGGCCACCUCCUUCAACCGCCUAGGAAAACUCCACUCCCGAUUCUCCUCCCUCCUCCGUUCCCUCCUCCACGUCGUCGCUCUCCCCAAUCUCGUAAUUCCGACCUGCAAAUGGCUCUCUCUGCCCUCCAAUCUCUCAAUUACUCCAUCUCUCGGCCGCAAACUCACCGGAACUCUCUUCGGCAACCGCCGCGGACACGUCAGCUUCGCCGUACAGGACGAUCCGAGAUCCGAACCGGUGUUACUACUCGAGCUUGCCAUGUCGACUGCGACUCUAGUCAAGGAGAUGGCGUCCGGUCUGGUUCGGAUUGCAUUAGAGUGCGAGAAAGUGCAUAAUCCGGAUCAGACCGGACGGUCUGGGAAGUUGUUUCAUGAGCCGAUGUGGACUAUGUAUUGUAACGGGAGGAAGUGCGGAUACGCGGUGACGCGCGCGUGCUCUGAGGGUGACUGGCACGUGCUGAGGACGGUGCAGAGUGUUUCGGUUGGGGCGGGGGUUAUUCCAGUGGUGGAGGAUGCGCGGAAGAGUUGUGGUGAGGGUGAGUUGCUGUAUAUGCGGGCGAGGUUUGAGCGAGUCGUGGGGAGUCGUGACUCGGAGGCUUUUUAUAUGUUGAACCCGGACGGCAACGGAGGUCCUGAACUCAGUAUUUUCUUACUAAGAAUUUAAAGAACAAAAAAAAGUUGGACAAUUGCUUGUUAAAUUAGUGACAUGUAAUCAUUUUAUUUUGGUUAUUUUGAACAGUAGGGGGUUCGAAUCGUGAUUACCACAAGGUGAUAUACACGAUGCUUAUCACUCUUAUUAGUGUCUCGGGUGUAUUGUACUUUAAUUAUUGUUUUUAUUUUUUUUGUGUACUUUUAAUUUUGAAUGAAAUUAAAAAAAAAAAAUUCAAUGAGAACGACAAGGACAAAU